CCUGGGGGUUACAGCUGGGAUAAAGGCUGAAGCGGUUGCCCUACCCAGGCCCCAGCCCCUGAGUGUGCCGGGGCUCAUCCCUGCCUCGCCGCCUGCAGACCUGGGGGGUUGCACAGGGACUGUCUCCCUCGUAUUCUCCAACCUUUCCUCGUUUGUCCACCACGAGGACACCACUGAGGCCCGCUAGCCAGGAGCCCUGGCAGAGACCAGUCCUGGGGGACUGGCGAUGUGCAGGCUUCUCUGUCCUCAGGCCCCUGGCCCCCGGCUGGCUCACAUGGCCAGUGUCUGCCGGCCUUGGCACUGGGCUCCUGGCCUAUGGCUUAGAAGACUUAAAAAAAGGGGGGGACCAUUGGGCGUUUCUCUUCCUGGAGUCCCUAGAAUAGGAGCUCGGUGGAGAACUCCAAGCACCGAGUGAAGGGCAGGGCUGUCCCCUGCUUCUUGCAGACCCAGGGCAGGAGGUCAGGUGAUGCGGCAUUUGGUCUCUGCUCAACCCAAAGCGCCCCAUCUCUCCCGCCCCCACUGUUACCCAGGCAGAAAGCUGCGGGCUUGUUUUCCUUUCUUCCUCUUCCCUCUCUCUCUCUUUUUUUCUCUCUCUCUCUCUCUUUUUUUUAUUUUUAAAGAAAAUAGCCGCCUAGCAGAAGGGGCCCAGCUGUGACGGUCUCUGGCCGCCCAGCGCGCUCAGCAAGGCGCUGCAACUCCUUUCCCAGGGCAGGUGGGGGGCUGCUGGGCCAGGGCUCUCACUGCCGGGUGAGCAGCCAGGAGCCUGGAGUGGGGCCUCCGGGUGCACCUGGGAGAGGAGGUGAGGAGGCGAGGGGGUACUGAUUUCACCCCAAACUCUGAAACACACUGUCGCUGCACAGCCACUGUGCACUGUUCUAGCCAUUUAACUGCCACCCCCUUCCCCCCGCCAUGCACUCUGGGGUCUCCUUCCUGCUGGACCACUCCAAGGCCUAAGGGAAGACCGAGGAAUACGAUUCCAAAGUUCCGAGGGGCCCAGGAAAAGUGAAACCGUCUCCUUUGCUGCUGCAAGCCUGGGGGCUCAGCCCUGCUAGCCUCGUCUGGGCGCCGCUGCGGGUCCAGGGAGCAGGCCAGGCUGGGCGCCCCCGGGAACCCCUUGUAACACUUGUUUUCACACACCACUUCUAAACCUUGCCUCCCAUUUCCGCGCCCCAAAGCAAAAGCAAGAGGGUAGCAACUCAAUGUUCGAUCACCGCCUCCAAAGUUAAAAUAAUCGUGAUGAUAAUGGUGACGAUCUGACGGCGGGCAGGGAUAAGGACCCUGAGAAAGCGACUAACCCCGCCCCCAGGAAAGUGGGUGAAAAGCUCAGCUGCUUCCUCUAGAAGGUUCGGCCCUGCGUGAGAGCCACAGCCCGGCUCCCCUCUGGCCGCCGGCGGUCGCAGGGAGCCGGCAGGGCGGCAAGCGGCUGCCGCCAUGGCAGCCUGUGGCCCGCGCUCCCGCCGGCCGCCGGGAGGUGGCGCGCUCUGCUCAUCGGCCGACGCCGACCUUCUCCAGGCUUCUCCCCCUUCUCCUUUUUCCCCCUCUCUCGGAGGCUCGCAUUGAAUCGGCCCUAACGAUUCUCGGAUCGUCAUUAUUUGUAACCAUAGAGCAUGAAUUACCUCUUGAGGUCAUCAGCGAGAAUUUACGACUGGUCAACAAAAGCACGUGAUUCCCUAACGCCCCCCCACCCCCCUUCCAGCUCCCCCCCCCCAUAUUUGGCCGCAUACAUAGCAAAACGAAGUACAGUGCAUCGCUAUAAUUCAUUAAUACAUCAUAAAUCGUGAAGCACAGGGUUAUAACGACCACGAUCCACAAAUCAAGCCCUCCAAAAUCACCCAAAUGAGCUCGUACUUUGUAAACUCCUUCUCGGGGCGUUAUCCAAAUGGCCCGGACUAUCAGUUGCUAAAUUAUGGCAGUGGCAGCUCUCUGAGCGGCUCUUACAGGGAUCCCGCUGCCAUGCACACCGGCUCUUACGGCUACAAUUACAAUGGCAUGGACCUCAGCGUCAACCGCUCCUCGGCCUCCUCCAGCCACUUUGGGGCGGUGGGCGAGGGCUCGCGCGCCUUCCCCGCGCCCGCGCAGGAGCCCCGCUUCAGGCAGGCGGCGUCGAGCUGCUCCCUGUCCUCGCCCGAGUCCCUGCCCUGCACCAACGGCGACAGCCACGGCGCCAAGCCCUCUGCUUCGUCCCCCUCCGACCAGGCGGCCCCAGCCAGCUCCAGCGCCAAUUUCACCGAAAUAGACGAGGCCAGCGCGUCCUCGGAGCCCGAGGAAGCGGCGAGCCAGCUCGGCAGCCCCAGCCUGGCUCGGGCGCAGCCAGAGCCCAUGGCCACCUCCACAGCCGCGCCCGAGGGGCAGACUCCGCAGAUAUUCCCCUGGAUGAGGAAGCUUCACAUCAGCCAUGAUAUGACCGGGCCGGACGGGAAGAGGGCCCGGACCGCGUACACGCGCUACCAGACGCUGGAGCUGGAGAAGGAGUUCCACUUCAACCGCUACCUGACGCGGCGAAGGCGCAUCGAGAUCGCCCACGCGCUCUGCCUGUCCGAGCGCCAGAUCAAGAUCUGGUUCCAGAACCGACGCAUGAAGUGGAAGAAAGACAACAAACUGAAAAGUAUGAGCCUGGCCACAGCCGGCAGCGCCUUCCAGCCCUGAGCCGACCCGGAGGGGCGCCCCGCCACCCCCAGCCCCGUCCCGGCCACUCCUCCCCCGCGCUGCUGCCGCCGCCGCCGGCUGGGGACCGCUUCCCACGAGCCUGCCUCGCCCUGGCCUUGUGUGACAGUUUUUCGUUCCGUCUUAGCUCGUCCUGUGGCUCCCUCUCUCUCCUGGACUGGUUAUCUUGUUAUUAUUGUUAAUAAUAAUAUUAUUUUCCCCUCCAUGCCCCCCAGUCCCCUUGGCUCUCCCCAACCCGCUCGUUCCUCUGUCUGGUCUGUGGUGACAACUCCUUCCCCCCAUCCCCACCUCCCUGGAAAAAAAAAAGAAGAGAAAGAAAUUCGCAUGUGUAAUGUGAACUUUCCCCUCUCCCUGUCUGUGUUCUAACUUAUUUAUAAAAGGAUGAUGGCUGCAUUUGAGUUUCAUCUCAAAACUUCUCUAAGGGGCUGCAGUUGAAGCGGGGGUAGGGUCACAGCAGCGCCAGGGCCCAGCUGAGCUGGCCUCUGACAUGGAGUCCAUGAUUGUGUGUGUUCCCAUCCUCCUCUUCCUCCUCCCUUCCUCCCCACUCCCCAGGCCCCAGGCUCCCAAAGGCUUGGUCCUUGGGUGGGCAGGGGCCAGGGAGAACCGAAGGGGUGCUGUGGCGAAGACAGUAGGAAAAUAGAGGUUGCUGCCUGGGUAGGCCCCACAAGGCCUGCUCCGGGAGUGUACAGAAACAGGAAUAAUCCUCGGUGUGAAAUGUCUCCUGUGUUCCUCUGUGAAUGCGUGGGUCUGGCAGGAGGGCCCAGAGCGUAUAAAUAUGGGGCUAGUCUGGGUCAGACGCAUCUACAUCUCUUCCUCUGCCCAUUUCGCUUCCAAGACCCCGUCUGGGGAGCGGGUGGUUGCUGUACUCCGUGUGAAAUCUGCCUUUGCCGGCCCCGUCUCAGUGAUUCGCUUUUGGUAUUUGUUUGUAGCUUUCCUGGAAAUUGAAUAAAUGUUUCCCCCCCAUA